AUGACUUGGCCCAAGUGUAAUUCCACCGAGGAGGACAUCACUAUCCGUGAGACUGACCUCUGGGAUGGUGGCAUCACCUUCCACGAGCUGUGUUGGAUUCUCUGCGCCAUCUUCACAGUACUGGCUUUCAUCCUCGCCAGUAUUAUUAUGAUCGGCCAUGCCACUCACUACAGCAACCCCAAUGAACAACGAUAUAUCAUCCGAAUCCUUUUUAUGAUUCCCGUCUACGCCAUCUCUUCAUUCCUCUGUGUCUACUAUUACAGGCACUCUGUAUACUUUGAACUGAUUGGCGACUGUUAUGAGCCAUUUGCGAUUGCCUCCUUCUUCACUUUGCUUUGCUCCUACAUCGCACCCGAUCUACACACCCAGAAGGAGUAUUUCCGCGGCAUCGAACCACUCAAUUGGGUCUGGCCUAUGAACUGGAUGCAAAAAUGCUUCUGUGGAAACCGUGAUAAAGGCAAGCUGCGGAGGCCUCGCAGCGGACUCACCUGGUUCAAUGUCAUCUGGAUCGGUGUUUUCCAAUACUGCUUCUUGCGAGUGAUCAUGACAGUCAUUGCUGUUGCAGCCGAGGCUGACGGCCGGUAUUGUGAGGACUCAGAUAGCCCUUAUUAUGCCCAUGUUUGGGUUCUGGUCAUCGAGUCAAUUGCAGUCACCAUUGCCAUGUACUGCUUGAUCCAAUUUUACAUCCAGAUCAAGAAUGACAUCGCGCAUCACCGGCCUUUCCUCAAGAUUCUUUGCAUCAAGCUUGUGAUUUUCCUUUCCUUCUGGCAAUCGACGGUCAUCGACUUCCUAACCUCAUCUGGAACAAUUAAAUCAUCCGCCAAAGUCCAGCUUGCCGACUGGAAUAAUGGAUUGCCCAAUCUCCUUAUCUGUAUCGAAAUGUUCCUCUUCGCCAUUUUGCACUUCUGGGGUUUCCCUUGGGGUCCGUACAUGCUCAACAAGGGCGACAUUAUGAGCAGUGGCUCUGACCAACGCUACUAUGGUGGAUUCCUGGGCAUCAAGGCCUACCUCGAUGCCAUGAAUCCAUGGGAUCUGAUCAAGGCUACUGCACGUGGUUUCCGCUGGCUAUUUGUUGGUCGCAAGACCCGCGAGACCGACCCUAGCUACGAGAUGCGAAAGCGGGGACCUAGCGAUGGCUCUGAAAUAUCGCCGUUGGCUUGA